AUGAAGAUUUCUCUCGUCACCAUCUUGUCCGCCGCCGCGCUGGUCCAGGCUGCGCCUUUCGCUGAGCCAGAGGCUCUUCUCGAUGAGCGCCAGGCUGCGCAGAGCAUCGAUGCUGCCAUGAAGGCAAAGGGCCGGAAGUACUUCGGUACCUGCGCUGACCCAGGUCGUCUCAACCAAGGCAAGAACGCCGCGAUCAUCAAGGCGAACUUCGGUGCCAUUACACCUGAGAACUCCAUGAAGUGGGAUGCCACCGAGCCUUCCCGUGGAAACUUCAACUUCGGCAACGCCGACCAGACUGCCAAGUUCGCAAAGGACAAUGGCAAGCUCAUCCGUGGACACACCACCGUCUGGUACUCCCAGCUGCCCGCCUGGGUCUCCCAGAUCAAUGACAAGGCCACCUUGACCACCGUCAUGAAGAACCACAUCACCACCCUGAUGAACCGCUACAAGGGCCAGGUCUACGCUUGGGAUGUCGUCAACGAGAUCUUCGAGGAGAACGGUAGCCUCCGCGCCAGUGUCUUCUACAACGUCCUCGGUGAGGACUUCGUCCGAAUUGCUUUCGAGACAGCCAAGGCCGUUGACCCUGCUGCGAAGCGUUACAUCAACGACUACAACCUGGACCAAGCGUCCUACUCCAAGACCCAGGGUAUGGUCCGCAACGUCAAGAAGUGGAUCGCCGCCGGUGUCCCCAUCGACGGUAUCGGUUCGCAGGGUCACAUCACCUCCGGCCAGGGUGCCAACGCCCCCGCUGCCAUGGCCGCACUCUGCGCUGCUGCCCCCGAGUGUGCGAUGACCGAGGUUGACAUCCAGAACGCCCAGACCUCUGACUGGCAGAACGUUGUGAAGGCUUGCUUGGACCAGAAGAACUGCGUUGGUAUCACCGUCUGGGGUAUCCGCGACAACGACUCCUGGAGGCCCAACGGCAACCCCCUUCUCUUCGACUCCAACUACAACGCUAAGACAGCUUACAACACUGUCCUCGCUGCUAUCAACAAGUAA